AUAAUUGAUAAGUCUCUGAAAUAUAUACACGUUCCAAAAUAAUUAUAUAUAAUUACAAUCAAAUUAAAUAUAUUUCAUUGUGUCUCGAGUGGUAACACUGCCCUAAUAAAUUUGCGUGCUAGACGAUCUUUCUCAGAGGGAUAAAAUAGGCUAUCCGUUUUAACAUGUAACGUUUUCUAAUUGAAGCGCUUAACGUGCGUCGAGAAUAUUUAAUAAACGGUACAAAUUUUGAGAUGAAAAGUGCGAAAAGUAAUCGCAGUUCAAUCAGUAACAGAUUCGGUUGUGUUUAUAUUUUCCUAACCAAACCUGACUGUUAAUAUUAAGAACAAUUUUCAUUGAUAUUUUCUAACGAUAAUCUAGAAACACUGUAAUAUUUUUGGACAAAUCCCCGUAUGAGAAUUGACUGAGUUUUAUAAAUGAUAAAAUAUGAAAUAUAGAAUAUAAGAUCAAAAGAUGAAUAUAUUAUAUUAACAAGAUAUUGAUGCUAUUGGCAGUUGCUAUUGUGCACAAACAUAAAUUAAUAACAUUGAAUGAUAAGAAACAAUAUCAUGAUGGAAUAUUCACUAUGAAUAUGAAAUAAAAAUAAUUUAACUUGUUAUGGAUGGUAAAAAACAUAAGAUUCAUCUUUUCAAAAGUACCAUAACUAAAGGAAUAAAUAUUAUGUAAUAUCAGAUAAAUACAUGGUUUAUCAAUGUUAAUAUAAAUAUAAAAGAUGCCAACGAUAGCCAGUUCCUCCUUAACAUAUGAGAUUCUUAUGUACCUCAAUUCCUUUUAUUUUGGCAUGUUUGCUAUAUGUGAAUUAGGUAUGGGAUUUUUCAAAGCUGCAAAUCUGCCCUCGCCUGGUACAAGCACAACAUUGAUAGAGUUUGCGUUAUUGUUUUUCCUCAUUAUCACAGAAGGUGCUAGAAUUUACCUUGGAAGAAAAGGAAACUUGACAGAACAUGGAUUACCAAUUCUUAUUGGAGUCAUUUUAACAGUACCCAGUGCUUUGGCAACAUUGUAUUUUUUAAUCUGGCAAAAUUAUGUACUGAGAUUAGAAGUAAUUCUUUGUAGCAUACAGUUGGUACUUCUAGCAUCUGAAUUAAUUAUUUCAAUCUUGUGCCUUAUAGCUAUUUAUCGCCCCUCGCCUCCUGACGAAUAAACGAAUUUUAUCAAAAAGAUGAAAUGUAACUGAACAUCUUUUUGGUAGCAUCGUGGGUAUUAUGAUUAGUACCCAUACCGUGUUUGGUGUAAUGAAGGGAUAAAAAACACCAUCUUCAGUACUUUGUUUCACGGAAAGCCUGGAUCUCCUAGAAGUAGUGACUAGACGAUUCGCAUUGUGAUUCUGAAAUCUAAGUCAACAAAGUGUCCUUGUACAUGGACAUUUAACUACGGCAACAUGUACUUGCAAAAUCAUCAUUAAAAUGAACUAUUUAGCUUCUCAAAUGAUCAAUCAGAAAGUAUGCAGAAUAUAAUUUCAUAAAUUUAAUUUAUUGCAAAGCAUGUUUUGUGUUUUCAUAAGUUGAUUUAUAAAAUCUAA